AUGCCAACACCAUCCUCCUCCUCCUCCUCCUCCUCUCCCCCAACAACCGACAACGCCGACACCAGCCCCGACAACGCCGACACCAGCCCCGACAACGCCGACACCAGCCCCGACAACGCCGACACCAGCCCCGACAACGCUGACACCAGCCCCGACAACGCCGACACCAGCCCCGACAACGCCGACACCAGCCCCGACAACGCCGACACCAGCCCCGACAACGCCGACACCAGCCCCGACAACGCCGACACCAGCCCCGACAACGCCGACACCAGCCCCGACAACGCCGACACCAGCCCCGACAACGCCGACAUCAGCCCCGACAGCACCGACACCAGCCCCGACAACGCCGACACCACCCCCGACAACGCCGACACCAGCCCCGACAACGCCGACACCAGCCCCGACAACGCCGACACCAGCCCCGACAACGCCGACACCAGCCCUGACAACGCCGACACCACCCCCGACAACUCCGACACCACCAGGACCAUCCACCAGAACCUCUGCCGCCUCACUCGACUUUCCUGUUCCAAUUAA